AUGGCCCCAGCAAUCCUAUCCAGCCUCCUUCUAGCGAGCCUCGCGGCCGUGGUCUCGGCGCGCAACUGCAAGAACCUGAAGAUCCCGCUCUCGCUCUCCUCGCAGAAUAUGGACUUUACGUUUAAGGCGCCGACUAACGAUAUCGAAGUGACGAACUUCGUCUUGAACUCCGGUCAGGCGGGUGUGAACUACGCUGACGAGAUACUAAGCGAAACCAAGUACCGAACCGUGACGGGCAACUACUCCAUCGCCGCAACCUACUGCGAGCCUGACGCGGGUCCAGGCCGCACGCUGCAGAUUCUCACUCGUAAGCAAAACCCCUUAGACCUUUCUUCCCAGAGAGCCAUACCAGAUCCUCCUCCAGCAGACAAGAGCUCCAAACCCAACCCUAAACCAAUCUAUAUAUAUAUAUAUAUGUAUAUAUACGGCGCCGCCUUCAACCAGACAUACUGGGACUUCCCCGCCCACGCCUUCAACUACAGCUACGCGAACGCGGCCCUAGCGCGGAACUACAGCGUAUUCUUCUUCGACCGUCCGGGCAUCGGACAAUCCACCCACGGCAACCCCGUCGCCGAAAUCCAAUCCAACCUCGAGCUGGCUGCCCUGUACGCACUAACCACGAAGCUCCGCCGCGGCAGCAUCCGCGGCAUCAGCGCUCGCUACGAGCGCGUCGUCCACGUCGGCCACAGCUACGGGUCCGCGCAGACCUACGGUCUCACAGCCGCGCACCCCGACGACGGCAUCUCCGAUGCCAUCGCCUUGACGGGGUUUAGUCAGGGGCUAGGGACGUAUGUAGGGAACUUCCUGCUCGGGGGCAACUUCGUGCUAGCGGGAGCUGGCUACGGGCCCGGGUACAUUACGUGCGGCGACGUCUCGGCCGUGCAGUCCAAUUUCUUCGCCCCGGAUAACUUCGACCCGAAGAUCCUGGAAGCAACCUAUGCGACGAGUGCGCCAAUCGCCGUCGGUGAGCUGUUGACUAUUGGUAGCCUGACGACUACGAAUAAUAGUUUUACGGGGCCUGUUCUUGUUAUCACGGGAGAGCGCGACGGUGCAUUCUGCGGAGGCAACUGUUACGUGUCCGAGCCCAGCAUCCCUGAACAGACAGGGAAAUCCUUCACCAAUACAAGUUCUUUCGAGGCUUUCGUUGUUCUCGGUGCUGGUCACGGCCUAAACUUGGAGUAUACCGCGCAGGCGACAUACGCGAAAAUCCUUGACUUUUUUGACAAGAGCGUCUAG